GCUACCAUGCCCCUGGCCAUAGUCGGCAUGGCAUGCCGCUUCGCGGGCGGCGUCAACAACCCGGAUAAGCUUUGGGAGUUUGUUUCUCAGGGACGGAGUGCCUGGUCCGAGAUCCCAGAGACAAGAUUCAACCGCGCGGCGUUCCAUCAUCCGCAAGCAGACAAGUUCUCUACGUCUUACAUCAAAGGAGGUUAUUUCCUCGAGGAGGAUGUCGGCCUGUUUGAUCCCUCCUUUUUUAACUUUACAGCCGACGUCGCUGCUUCUAUGGACCCUCAAAUCCGGCUGCAGCUCGAGCUGACCUUUGAGGCGCUCGAAAGCGCCGGCAUCCCCCUCCAAAAGCUCGUGGGAUCCAAGACAUCAGUCUACUCUGGCACCUUCACCAAGGACUACCAUGACCGGCUCUUGACAGACCCUCUCCGGGUGCCCCGUGCCUUCGUCACAGGCAACUACGCCGCCAUGCUUGCCAACCGCAUCUCGCACUUCUUUGACCUCAAGGGCCCCAGCACCGCCGUUGACACCGGGUGUUCUACGUCUCUGAUGGGACUGCAUCUUGCUUGCCAGAGCCUGCGGUUGGGCGAGUCCGACUGUGCCAUUGUCGGGGGGGCGUGUAUUAACAUGAAUCCGGACUUUUUUGCCAACCUGUCAUCGCUUGGAUCCUGCGGCCCCGACGGCAAAUGCUACGCCUUUGACCACCGAGUCCAGGGCUACGGCCGUGGCGAGGGCGUGGCGACGCUGAUCGUCAAGAGGCUAGACGAUGCCCUGCGCGACGGCGAUCCUAUCCGGGUGGUGAUUCGGGAGACCGGCGUGAACCAAGACGGCAAGACGGCGACCAUCACAUCGCCCGACGGAGACGCCCAGCUGGCCCUGAUCAAGAUGUGCUAUGAAAAGGCUGGCCUUGAUCCCUUGGACACCGCGGUUGUUGAAGCCCACGGCACGGGUACUAAGGCGGGUGAUCCCAUCGAGGCUACAGCUAUCGGCCGCGCGCUCGGUGAAGGCCGUCCGGCGGACAAGCCCGUGUAUAUUGCCUCUGUCAAGACCAAUCUGGGACAUACCGAAGCGGCGUCUGGUCUGGCGGCUGUCAUUAAGAUGUCCAAGGCGCUUGAGCACGGUCAGGUGCCGCCGAGCAUCAACUUUGAGAAGCCCAAUCCGGACAUCGACUUUGACGGCUUGAGACUGAAGGUCCCGCAAAAGCUCGAAGCCUGGCCAUCCUCGGCCAUCAAGCGGGCAUCCGUCAACAAUUUCGGCUACGGCGGCACAAACACCCACGUCAUCCUGGAAGAGGCCGAGCAUUACGUCAAACAAGCCCUUGCUGCCGUGAACGGCGCCGCUGCUGCGGAGCGUGAGGAAACGACUCAGAGGAAGCUCAUCCUCCUCAGCGCCCGCGACGAAAAGACGGUCAAGAACAUGGCCGGGAAUCUGGCUGAGUAUCUCAAGCAGGCCACUGACACACCGUUUGAUGCCUUGGCGUAUACAUUGGGUCAGCGCAGGACAAGGUUUCCUUGGACGCUGGCGAUGUCGGCUCAGUCAGUGCCGGAGCUUGUUGAGGUGCUGGCUGCAGGCGAGGUCAAGCCCGUUCAGGCGUCCUCGGUGGUUCCGAGACUGGGGUUUGUGUUUAAUGGGCAGGGUGCGCAGUGGUUUGCUAUGGGCCGGGAGCUUAUGGGGACUUACCCGGUGUUUAUGGAGACGCUUGAGGAGUGUGAUGGGUACCUGAGGGAGUUUGGGGCUGAUUGGUCGUUGAUUACUGAGCUGAGCCGUGACGAAAAGACCUCCCGCGUCAACGAGGUCCGCUUCAGCAUGCCUCUGUCUUCGGUCAUUCAGCUCGCUCUGGUCCGGCUUCUUGAGUCUUGGGGCAUCACUCCCACUGCGGUCACCGGCCACUCCAGCGGCGAGGUCGCUGCUGCUUUUGCUGCUGGGGCGCUGGACCUCAGGGAGGCGGUUGCCUCGACCUAUUUCCGAGGUCUCGUUAACGCCGAGCAUAUCGAAAAGUCCACUUCCACCGGCGGCAUGAUGGCAGUCGGGCUCGGUGUUGAGGGCGUCCAGCCGUACCUUGAUGCGCUCACCUCCGGCAAAGUCGUCGUGGCGUGUGUCAACAGCCCCUCCAGCGUCACACUCUCCGGAGACAUGAGUGGGAUUGAUGAGCUGGAGAGCAAGUUCGCCGCGGAAAGCAUCUUUGCGCGCAAGCUCAAGGUCCAGUCGGCCUUCCACUCCCAUUACAUGCUCCCGCUCGAGGCCAAGUACAGGGCCGCGCUUGACCAGUACAUGCGCCGAGGCAGCAGAUCCUUCAAGGAGGGCGUGACCUACUCGUCUCCCGUCACCGGCGGUAUUCUCGACAAUGCCGACCUGCUCGGCCCCGAGAACUGGGUUGACAACAUGAUCAAGCCCGUUCUGUUCGCGCAGUCAUUCCGCAGCAUGGUUGCCACCGAGAAGGAGACUGGUCUGUCACAAAACAUUGACGCCGUGGUCGAGAUUGGCCCGCACAGCGCUCUCGCCGGCCCGAUGAGGCAGUCGCUGAGCGAGCCGGCGCUGAAAAAGCUCGGCAUUGCCUACGGAUCGUGUCUUGAGAGAGGCAAGCAUGCUGUUUUGACGAUGCAGAACCUUGCUGGUUUCCUCGUGCAAAGGGGUUAUCCCGUCGAUGUUGGCAUGGUCAACUUCCCGCAGGGUCAGGCUGGUCUCCGGGCACUUCCCAACCUGCCGUCGUACCCCUGGAACCAUUCGACCAGGUUCUGGGCCGAGUCCCGCAUGAGCCAGGAGCACCGCUUCCGUCCGCACCCGCCGCAUGAUUUGCUGGGCUUGCGCAUGCCUGGCACGAGCGACCACUCGCCGAUCUGGAGACUCAUCCUGAGGGCGUCCGAAUUGCCCUGGGUGCGAGACCAUAUUGUCCAGUCGAACAUCGUGUAUCCCGGCUCGGGAUACAUUUGCAUGGCCAUUGAAGCCAUGAAGCAGCUGCACUCAUCCGGCGACAAGCCCAUCACCGGCUACCUGCUUCGAGAUGUCGAGAUCUCAAAAGCAAUGAUCAUCCCAGAGAACGCCGACGGCGUAGAAGUCCAGCUGUUCCUCGAGCCUUCAAGCGAGCGGUCUCUGGUGCAGGACUGGCGCCAAUUUCACGUGUACUCUGCCCCGUCACAGGGAGAGGAGUGGGUUGAGUCGGCCAAGGGCAUGAUUGCCGUCGAAUUCGGCCAGAAGCCCGCCGGGUCUUUUGCCCUGAAAUCCACCAGCUCGCUGGACGUCGCGAGGGGCGGUUCUGCUGGCGCGGCGUACCCCAAGAAGAUGAACCCCAGGGACCUAUUCAAGGCGCUGCACGCCGUUGGCGUCGCCCACGGCCCGUCGUUCCAGAAUCUCGCCGAGAUCCGCAUGGCAGACGACAAGGCGGUGACGACCUUCAAGAUUGCCGACUCGGCCGCUACCAUGCCGUACAACUACCAGCAGCCGCACGUCAUUCACCCCAUCACUCUGGAUGCAGUUUUCCAGGCGGCCUAUCCGACGCUGACCCCUGAGGGCCGCAAGACCGUGGGCGCUGCGGUCCCCCGAGCCAUCCGGUCGCUGUACAUCUCGGCCGACAUUAGCAGCCAGGCCGGCCAUCAGCUCAAGGAGUACUCGGCGCUUCUGCAGUACAACAGACAAGGGUUUGAUGUCCAUGCCGCGGUUGUGUCUGAGUCUGCGCAGGACGGCAGCAGCAGCCCGGUCAUCGAGCUGGAGGGCAUGCACUUCCAAAGCGUGGGUCGUGCCGAGGAUGAGGACAGCCAGGGCCGCGAGAAGCUCGUCCUUAUCAACGACUGGCAGGAGGCUUUCAGUUUGAACGACCCGUCGCCGCUCCGGGAGACACUCAAGACGUCGGCUCCGUCCGAGGAGAAGGCUGUUGCCCAAGAUCUUGCGCGCGCCGCGUACCACUUUGUUCACGAUGCCCUGCAUCAGUUGACCGACGAGGAUAUUGCGAACUUGGAGUGGUACCACAAGACUUUCUACGACUGGAUGCUGUUGCUUGAGAAACAGGCGGCCAACAACGAGCUCGCGCCCAAGAGUUCCAGGUGGGCGAACUCGUCUGAGGGUGUCAAGCAGAUGCUCUACGACAGAGUGGCGGUCUCGAGCGUCAAUGGCGAACUGGCUGUUCGCAUGGGCAAGAACCUUGUCCCCAUCAUGCGCAAGCAGGUGGCGCCGUUGGAGCUGAUGCUGGAAGGACAGCUGCUGUACAAGUUCUACCAGCAUCUGCUGCACUUUACGCGGUCCACGGCGCAGGCUGGCGAGAUUGUUCGCGCGAUUGCGGCUGAGAAUCCCCGUGCUAAGAUCUUGGAGAUUGGCGCCGGCACUGGUGGCUGCACGAUACCCGUCUUGACGGCGUUGGGAGGUGAAGAAGGCGCUGCGGUUGCCCAGUUUGAGCACUACGAUUUUACGGAUAUUUCAGCCGGCUUCUUCCAGUCUGCUCGGGACCGCUUCGCUGCGUGGGGUGACAUGAUCAGCUUCUCGACUCUGGAUAUCGAGCAAGAUCCCGAGAAGCAGGGCUUCCAGCUGGGCUCCUACGACAUCAUCAUUGCCGCGCAGGUCCUCCACGCCACCAAGAACAUGAACAACACCAUGACCAACGUGCGCCGGCUGCUCAAGGACGGCGGCAAGCUCAUCCUGGUCGAGACGACCCGCGACAGCCCCGACAUGCACCUGAUCUUUGGCAACGUGCCCGGCUGGUGGCUCAGCGAAGAGCCCGAGCGAAAGUACAGCCCCAACAUGCCGCUCGAGUCGUGGGAGAGGAUUCUCAAGGGCACUGGCUUCACCGGCUUGGACGUCAAUGUCUGGGACUGCGAGGACACAACCCACCAGGCCAUGAGCUGCAUCCUGUCCACGGCCAUCCCCGCCGCCGGCAAGCAAGCGUUUGAGCACGAGGUGACGCUGGUGUAUGGCGACAACCCUCCUCCGACGGAAUGGAUCAAGAGCCUGAUGGAGAGCAUCGUGCGCACCACUGGCGUCACGCCCACGCUGUCCGAUCUUGCCACCCUUAAUGCCGCUGGCAAGGUCUGCAUUUUCCUGUCCGGCCUGGACGGCUCGCCGCAGGCGUUUGAUGAGCAGAGCUUCACCGCCAUUAAAUCCCUCGUGACGAGCUGCAAGGGGUUGCUGUGGGUAACCAAGGGCUCAGCCGUGGAUGCGCCGACGCCCGAGAACGCACUGCACGUCGGUCUGUUGCGUACCGCGCGCGUCGAGGAUCUCAGCAAACGCUACGUCUCGCUCGAUCUGGACCCUGCCCGCUCGGCGUGGACUGCCGCCAGCCAAGAUGCCAUUACAAAAGUGUUCCAGACCGCACUGGACUUUAGCAAGGAGAGCGGGACGUUCGACACGGAAUACGCCGAGCGGGACUCCAAAAUCCUCGUGCCGCGGAUGCACCCCGACACGGUCGAGAACGAGGACUUUUACAACAGCGACGAGAAGGAACCCGAGAUGCAAAAGUUCAUCCAGCCCGGCCGCAGUCUGCGCAUGCAUGUUGACGUGCCCGGGCUUUUGGAUAGCAUCAUCUUCCGGGACGAUCCCGAUGCCCGCCUUCCGCUGCCAGAGGACUGGGUUGAGAUUGAGCCCAAGGCGUUCGGGCUGAACUUCCGUGACGUCAUGGCGGCCAUGGGCCAGCUCAACGAGAAGCAGGAGAUGGGCGUCGAGUGCGCCGGUGUUAUCACCCGGGUUGGGCCAAAGGCUGCGGCUCAGGGGCUCCAGGUCGGCGACCGCGUCUGCGCGCUGACAGUCCAUGGCCACUUUGCCAACCGUGCCCGGGUUCCAUGGACUUCGGUUGCCAAGAUUCCCGACCACAUGGACUACGAGACGGCGGCGUCGUUCGUCAUUGUGUUUGUGACGGCGUAUUUCUCGCUGUUUGAUGCCGGCCGCGCGGAGGUUGGUGAGACGGUUCUUGUGCAUGCGGCGUCCGGUGGUGUUGGCCAGGCCUGCAUCAUCCUCUGCCAGUGGAUCGGUCUCGAGGUGUUCGCCACGGUCAGCUCCCAGGAGAAGCGCGACUUCCUCAAGAACACGUACGGUCUUGCCGACGAUCACAUCUUCUCCAGCCGCGACCCCUCCUUUGCCGAGGACGUGCUCAAUGCCACCGGCCGUAAGGGCGUCGACAUUGUCAUCAACUCGCUAGCCGGCAAGCUCCUGCACGAGAGCUGGAACGUGCUGGCUCCCCAUGGCCGGUUCGUCGAGAUCGGCAAGAAGGAUAUCCACCACAACAAGUCCCUCGAGAUGGAGCCCUUCAGACGGGCCUUGUCAUUUAUUCAUGUGGAUGUUGUUCAGCUGGCAGACAACAAGGGCCGCGUCAUCCAGCGCAUCCUGCAGGAGGUCAUCCGCCUGCUCGAGACCAAGACGAUCCGCAACAUCUCGCCCGUCGUGAGCUACCCGCUGGCAGAUGUUGCGCGCGCCUUCCGUGCUAUGCAGGCUGGCAAGCACAUUGGUAAGCUUGUUCUGAUCCCGAGUGCCGACGACGUCGUCAAGACCGCCCCUGAACGCAAGCUCGCCGACCUCUCCCCGGACGCAACCUACCUAAUCGUCGGCGGCCUUACCGGCAUCGGCCAGUCCAUCGCGUGGUACCUCCUCGACCACGGCGCCAAGAACCUCCUCCUCGUCUCGCGCAGCGCCGCCACCCGCGCCGACACAACCAAAAUCGGCAAGGAACUCGCCGCGACAGGCGCCAGCGUGCUCGUCAAGAACUGCGACGUGGGCAACAUGGCCCAGCUCCAGUCCGUCCUCGCCGAGUGCCGCGCCGCCGGCCUCCCUCCCAUCCGCGGCGUGGUGCACGGCGGCAUGGUGCUGGACGACUCCAUCCUCGAGCGCAUGACAUACCCCCAAUGGCUGCGCGCCAUGAACCCGAAGCUCGACGGCACACGCAACCUGGAUACUCUAUUCCACAACCCGGACGAGAUAGAUUUCUUCAUCCUCUUGUCGUCAGCCAGCGGCGUCCUCGGCAGCACGUCGCAAUCCAACUACGCCGCGGGCGGGACGUACCAGGACGCGCUCGCCCGACACCGCGCUGCGCAGGGAUUGCCGGCUGUGUCUAUUGAUCUGGGCAUUGUUAACUCGGUCGGUUUCGUCGCUGAGACGGACGGGGUUAAGGAAAGGCUGAUCAAAUCCGGCCAUCGCCCGCUCGAAGAGUCCGAGGUGUUGGCGCUGGUUGACUACGCGAUCCGUACCCCGCGCAGGCCGGUUCGUACCGCGCAGGUCGCUGCUGGUAUCACCGGCGGGUCGUUGGGGACUGCUGAACCAAGAUUUGCUGGGCUGCGCAGGCCAGCGGGGAGCGCUGGUAAACAAACCGCCGGCGGCAAGGGCGGGGUUAGAAGGGAGGCGAGUUUGCACGAGCAGAUGGCGGGCGCUAGUUCGUCGGAUGAGGCGGCCGGGUUGGUGGAGCGCGCGGUGGUGAAUAAGCUGGCCGAGAUGUUUGUGAUUCCGGUGGAUGAGAUUGAUCCGGCGCAGCCGCUCACUAGGUACGGGGUUGACUCGCUUGUGGCGGUGGAGUUGCGGAAUUGGCUGGUGCCGAGGGCGCAGAUUGAGAUGAGUAUUUUUGAUUUGUUGGGGAGCUCGUCGUUGACGGAGCUAGCGGGCAAGGUGGUUAAGAGGAGCAAGGCUGUGUUGGCUGUUGCUGGGGCGUGAGUAGUUUUGGAGGGGGUGACUGGGUGAGGACGUGGUUAGGUUGGGAAUGCUGUCUUGGAGUUCAAGUUGGAUUUGAUGGUUUCUGGUGUCCUUGGUUUGUUUUCCAGUUGUCUCCUAAGUUAGGGAUGUUUUCUGUUUUGGUGUUCGGGCACCUGUUUCGUAGAAGAGUUGAGUCUUUUGGCAGACCUGUUUCGUCACCUAAGUGAUAGAUUAG